CUCCUCACGACUCGCGCUGCGCAGUCCGGCGGAGCUCGCUGGAGCAGGAAUCCUACGCAGUGGGUUCGCGGGUGGCCUUCCGCAGCGGCGGCUCCGCCCACUCCCCGGCGUCCCCCUUCUUGGCCCUCGCCGCUGGCCGUGGCGGCCCGCUGGGUCCGCGUCCCGCCUCUGCUCCCGAAGGACAUGCAGAAGAGAGAAUGAGCCAGAGGGACACGCUGGUGCAUCUGUUUGCCGGGGGAUGUGGUGGUACAGUGGGAGCUAUUUUGACAUGUCCACUGGAAGUUGUCAAAACACGGCUGCAGUCAUCUUCUGUGACACUUUAUAUUUCUGAAGUUCAGCUGAACACCAUGGCUGGAGCCAGUGUCAACCGAGUAGUGUCCCCUGGACCCCUUCACUGUCUAAAGGUUAUCUUGGAAAAAGAGGGCCCUCGCUCGUUGUUUAGAGGAUUAGGCCCCAAUUUAGUGGGGGUGGCUCCCUCCAGAGCAAUAUACUUUGCUGCUUAUUCAAACUGCAAGGAAAAGUUGAAUGGUGUUUUUGAUCCCGAUUCUACCCAAGUACACAUGAUCUCAGCUGCAAUGGCAGGUUUUACUGCAAUCACUGCAACCAACCCCAUUUGGCUUAUAAAGACUCGCUUACAGCUUGAUGCAAGGAAUCGUGGGGAAAAGCAAAUGGGUGCUUUUGAAUGUGUUCGUAAAGUGUAUCAGACAGACGGCCUGAGAGGAUUUUACAGGGGCAUGUCUGCCUCCUAUGCCGGCAUAUCAGAGACAGUUAUCCAUUUUGUUAUUUAUGAAAGUAUAAAGCAAAAACUGCUGGAAUGUAAGGCUGCUUCUAUGAUGGAGCCUGAUGAGGAGUCUGUGAAAGAAGCAUCGGAUUUUGUGAGAAUGAUGCUCGCCGCUGCCACCUCAAAAACCUGUGCCACAACCAUAGCGUAUCCACACGAAGUUGUAAGAACAAGACUACGUGAAGAAGGGACAAAAUACAGAUCUUUUUUUCAGACAUUGUCUUUGAUUGUUCAAGAAGAAGGCUAUGGGUCUCUUUACCGCGGUCUAACAACUCAUCUAGUGAGACAGAUUCCAAACACAGCCAUUAUGAUGGCCACCUAUGAACUGGUGGUCUACCUACUCAACGGAUAGCAGCAGGGGCUGCCAUGCUACAGAGCAGGAAGACCAAAAGAUGACAGUGGACCAUGGAAUCUUGAAGCCAGCAUGGUGGACAGAAGACAGUAGUGGGGAAACAUGUAACUGCUAUGGCUGACUGGAAGCUUGGUUUUAGGAAGUAAGGUACCACACCACAUUAACUCUCAGUGAAGAAACCCUGGGCUGCCUCUUAUAGAAUGCUUUGAAAAGCAUUCCUUUCUCGAAAUUGCCAUUUUCUCUACUCUUGUUCACCAGUUCCAGUUUUGUUACUGGUUUAUGACAUUCGGAAUAUAGUGUUAAUUCCAUGAGCAUUUUUGGUUGUUUAAACAAAAUCAUUCCUAAGUAUAUACUGUACUGUAAUUUUCCAAAGAUAGUAGUGACAAUUACAGAUGACUAACUUGAAUUUCUCCUGCAAUACUGUAAAAUAACAAGUAGAUCCUCGGUACCAGUUUCCCAGGAGGGCCUGCCUGUUACAGUGUUUUAAGUUAUUUGACACCCGUAAUCACUGUAUUUUGACAACUAGUGAAAUAGUUAUCUAAAUACUUCAUAUUUUCAACAUUAAAAUGUUUUGGUCACAGCUAAAAGAUAUUCAUCAUAAUAUGGACUUUAACAUAUCAAACACACAUAGUUAAUGGUUGGGACUAUAAAAUAAGCUAGUGGAUACUGACUCAGUGAUGGAGAGAGCAUUCUCAUACCUUCUCCAAUUAUGCAGUGCAGGAAUGGAUGUAAUUUUGAUUCAUAAUGUGAUUAUCACAGUCUUGUACCUACAUAUUAUUUACUUUAAAGUAGAAAACUAACAACUUGAAUUUUUCUACUUGCUUUCACAUUAAGAAUUUUAACCUUUGAAUUAUUUCCACAUCUAUAUAAGUUAUUUGUUGGUAGAGGAAAUGGUAAUUUUCUGUUUUGACCUUUAUAGGCUCCUUGAAGUGAUACUAAUAUUUUAGGACAAUAUAAAUAUUACAGAAAGACAGCCUCAGCUAUCAGAUACAGCGAAUCUUAGUUGGCAGAGAGCCUGUAAACAAGUGCGCUACAUUGGACAAACAUUCUUUAUUUCCCUACAUGCUCUCAUAGAGUCAGGCUAGUUUUAGUUCAUUGUUUUAAAAAGAUACAGUUUUUAAAUUUUGCUUCUGAGUCAGCAGCAUCUUCAAAUACUUUAAUAUAUAUGGCCAUUAGAAAGGUGUUUGCUGCAAUACUAUAGAUUUUCCUAUGAUGUUGCUAUACUGGCAUAUAAAACUUGUACAAUUAAAUUCUACUGUGGUACUCAUCAGUCAGUGUACCUUAACUUUACAUUUUGUGCAAUGGCUUUCUCUUCAGAGUGACUUUGUGAAUGCACUUUGUGGCCUUUUGAGGGGGUAAGAAUUAGGAGAGAAUUCAUGUUAAUUUCUUAAUAUUGUUAUGUAUUAGGCAGAAGCAGUGUUCAUAGUAUUUUUCUGGACUUUAGGUAUAUUUUGGAGAUCUUACAGUAUUUGAAGUGCUGUGGAAUGCCACACUACUAUGGAAAAGCUGCAUGACAUUGAAAGCUUUCUCUGCUGUCACCAGUGAAGGUUAAUUCCCUCUUAAGUUUCUCUCUCACCUUGACUUCCUUGUAAUCAGUAACUGGAUGUUCUUAGGUGCUUAAUUGGAAUUUAAAAUAUUCCGAUUUAUUUGGAGACCAAAGGCAAGUUUAGAUUGUUACCUUUGGAAUUAUUGCAGCUUUGACAUCUAUUACAUGGAAGAUACCAAAAAAUAAAUCCCUACCUGGGGGUUUAAGUUAAAUCUGUAGAGAAGGUCUCAGGCUAUAGUGUUUGCCUCUUCAGGUGCCAUUGAUACUGCCUAAUACAGCGCCAUUUGCUCUGUGAAGGUCCGUAACACGUAAUUAUGUUGAAUGUAGGGCAUGUUCUCCUGUGUCACACAGAUCUCAGAUCAUGAAAACCAGCAGCCAAGGAACAGCUUGUGUUGUCGUAGCAAAUCCACGAUAAGUGUCCUUUCGGGAUGAACAUGUAGUAGUCUGUAUUUUACAAGUAAAACUUGGAUUACCCUCUAGUGCAUUGUACUCAGCUUUUAAAGUCAGCAUGUGAUCUGCAGGGAUGGGGCUUUGGAGUCUUAGUGUUUACUUGUAAAGCAGCUGCUGGAACAGAGUGAGGAGGUCUGUUUCGUUUUUUUCCCUGAGUGUUGUCUACCAUAGUUUACUUUAUGACUGAGAUAAUCCAAAAAGAGAAAACCAUAUAUGUGUUCUAUAUAGUUUGCCUAUGAAGUGUUUCUUUGAAGAUUUUAAUUGUAAUGUUUUUUAAAAGUGCAUACUCAGAGCAUUGGAUGUUUUAAAAACUCGUUUUUAAUCAGAUAAUCUUUUUUAAUGUCUUAAAGAGCUAGGGUGAACUUUGUUAUAUACUUUUGUUGCAGUCUUCUCAGAAAAUUGAACUUAGGGUCGGGCUGGAGCAAUAGCUCCACACAGCCGCAACUGCUGUGCCUCAAAUGCUUGACAUUUGGAUAACCCAGUUGGUGAAGUGCCACCUGCAGUGGGUUGCCAUACAGUGCUUUAAGUUUCCAGGGAACAAGCUACCACCAAACUCCUGGCAUUGGGUUGGGUUAGUUUGGGUUUCUUCUUCAACUUUUAUUUGCUUGUUUUUGUGGUGAUAGGGGCUCUUGUUGCCCAAGAUGACCUUGACUCCUGAUUCUCCUGCCUUUGCUACUAAGUGCCAGCAGUACAGACCUGCCCUCCACGCUCAUGAACUCUGCUCAGUUCUCAUGGUACAGCUGUGUAGAAUCAGCUGACUCUUCAGAGGGGCUUGAGCUAGCUUGUAAUUCUGAAACCAUGACAGCAUUGUUAGGUGACACAGCCUUUGUCUCAUAAACCUGGAUGUCCGCUUGCAGUAGCCUUGUUAGGAUGAGCACAGUUUGGGAUGUUUAGAAGAAUAAAUGUUCGUUUUCUAAAGUUUAAACAUGUUUGGCUUCUAAAAAUCACCGUGAAAUAAUGAUUUCAGUUUGAAGAACUUAAGUGGUAGAAAUCAAUCUCCCCUUUCUCUGAGGACUUUCCUUCAUACUUCUCAGUUCAUGUGCUCUUCUGUCCAAACUGCCAGUCUGACAGGGACCCCUGUGGGGCUGGUGCACAGCUGUCACCCUCCUUUACCGAGACUUUCAACAUUCCUAAGAAGACCGAUGCAUCUGGGUAAAUAAGGCAGAAUUUCACUAUAUAAAAUAAAGAGUGCUCUCUGCCCCCUCACGGACCUUCUCCCCUAUAACUUUGUUUCUCCUUAAUUGCACCUCAAUUUUUAUGCUAUCCAUUUUAGAAACUAAAGGAUAGUUGUGAUCAGUUAUGCUAAACUUUCUGAAUGUACCCCAGUGGAUGUGAAUUACACUAGACCCAUCACUCACAGUGUAGUCAGCUUUGAAAGAGCUGAUGAGUUUUGCCCAUUCAUGCAGUGCUGCUAUUGUUGCAUUUCUGUACAUGGCUGCAAAUUAUGUGCAUUUAUGUUCUGUUUAUGUUAACUAGCUGACUUGUACUUGAAUUAAAAUUCAAAAAAAUUAAAA